AGACAAGUUACUUCCUCGGUGCAGGGCGGGGCAUCUUUUCCCAAGCAAUGGGCUCGAGUGUCCUACAUAUGCCUGUAGUUUGUCUCCCCUGGAGAGAGAGGGACGGACUAUGCAAAUGAGCACCUCUUUCUUAUAUAGGGGCUCAUCGCAGCCCCUCAGCGCCUUUGGAUCCUGGAGGGAAGAACACAAUGAGUCUGGUUCUUAGAAGGUGCCUUCUCCAUUUGGUAGCAAUGGGUGCUGUGCUGGCUGUGAGGGCUGCAGAAGGACCCAGAGGCCAGGACUGGAUUGGUGUCUCACGGCAGCUCAGAACUAAAGCCUGGAAUAGGCAGCUCUAUCCAGAGUGGCCUGAAGUCCAGAGGCCUGAUUGCUGGAAAGGAGGCCCAGUGGCCCUGAAGGUCACUAAUGAUGGACCUACACUGAGUGGUGCAAAUGCCUCCUUCUCUAUUGCCUUAUACUUCCCUGAGAGCCAAAAGGUACUGCCAGAUGGGCAGGUUAUCUGGGCCAACAACACGGUCAUCAAUGGGAGUCAAGUGUGGGAAGGACAGCCAGUGUAUCCCCAGGAGCCUGAUGAUGCCUGCGUCUUCCCUGAUGGUGGACCUUGCCCAUCUGGCCCUUGGUCUCAGAAGAGAAGAUUUGUUUAUGUCUGGAAGACCUGGGGUCAAUUCUGGCAAGUGUUGGGGGGUCCUGUGUCUGGGCUGACCAUUGGGACAGGCGGGGCAAUGCUGGGCACACACACCAUGGAAGUGACCGUCUACCAUCACCGAGGGUCCCGGAGCUACGUGCCCCUCGCUCAUUCCAGCUCAGCCUUCGCCAUUACUGACCAGGUUCCCUUCUCUGUGAGCGUGUCACAGCUGCAGGCCUUGGAUGGAGGGAACAAGCACUUCUUGAGAAAUCAACCUCUGACCUUUGCCCUCCAGCUCCACGACCCUAGUGGCUAUUUGGCUGGGGCUGACCUCUCCUACACCUGGGACUUUGGAGACAGUACUGGCACCCUGAUCUCUCGGGCACUUAUGGUCACUCACACUUACCUGGAGCCUGGCCCAGUCACUGCCCAGGUGGUGCUGCAGGCUGCCAUUCCACUCACCUCCUGUGGCUCCUCCCCAGUUCCCAGCACCACAGAUGGGAAUGUGCCCACUGCUGCGGCCCCUGGGACCACACCUGGGCAAGUGCCUACUGCAGAAGGUGUAGGUACAACACCUGGCCAGGUGCCAACUGCAGCACCCUCAGGGACCACGGCUGAGCAGGUGCCAACCACAGAGAGCACGGGUACCACACCUGGGCAGGUGCCAACCUCAGAGGGCACAGGUACCACACCUGAGCAGGUGCCAACCUCAGAGGGCACAGGUGCCACAACUGCAGCAGUGUCACCUGCAGAACCCUCUGCAACCAUGACUGCACAGGUAGCAACUACAGACUUGGUGGUGACCACAGCUGGAGAGUUAACCACCCCUGAGCCUGAGAGUCCAGAUGCCAGCCCAGCUGUGUCUACAGAAGGUAUUACAGGUUCCCUGAGCCCCUUGUUGGAUGGUACAGCCACCUUAAUGCUGGUGAAAAGACAAGUCCCCUUGGAUUGUGUUCUGUAUCGAUACGGUUCUUUUUCCCUCUCCCUGGAUAUCGUCCAGGGCAUUGAGAAUGCUGAGAUCCUGCAGGCUGUGCCAUCCAGUCAGGGGGAUGCUUUUGAGCUGACAGUGGCCUGCCAAGGCGGGCUGCCUGAGGAAGCCUGUAUGGACAUAUCAUCACCAGGAUGCCAGCCUCCUGCCCAGCGGCUGUGCCAGCCUGUGCCACCUAGCCCAGCCUGCCAGCUGGUUCUUCACCAGGUACUGAAGGGCGGCUCAGGGACCUACUGCCUCAAUGUAUCUUUGGCUGAUGCCAACAGCCUGGCAAUGGUCAGCACUCAGCUCGUCAUGCCUGGUCAAGAAGCAGGCCUUGGGCAGGCUCCCCUGUUUGUGGGCAUCUUGCUGGUGCUGAUGGCUGUAGUGCUUGCAGCUCUGAUAUAUAGGCGCAGAUUUAUGAAGCAGGACUCAGCCCUCCCCACCAUCCGGCUACCACACAGUAGCAUCCACUGGCUGCGUCUCCCCCAGGUCUUCCGCACUUGCCCCACUGGUGAGAACAGUCCACUCCUCAGUGGGCAGCAGGUCUGAGUACUCUCAUGGGAUGCCCUGAUUCUUACGGGGCUGACAGCAACACCUGUGUUUUCUCGUCUUCCCUUGGAGACUACCAUUACCUGCAAUAAAAACUCAGAACCUGCUGUCAGUUUUUUCCUGCUU